GUUCAUUCACCAUCACAAAUCCCACCACUUGUGCAAGAAUGGCGUCCACCACUCUCUCCCUCACUCCUCCGCCGCAUCUCCAAGACCUCCACCGCCCCUCCGCCGCUUCCCCUUCCCUCUCAUUCGGAAAACCCACCAAGAAAAAUCAAAUCUUUUCCACUGCCGCCCAGAGCUUAUCCCUCUCUCCGUUGCUUCUCCAGCGCCACAAUGGCCGCUUGUCAAAAUCAUUCGUCGCAGCCGCCGUGGCUACUGAAGAUGAGGUGGCGGAGGAAGCCGCGGAGGAGGAGCUAGAACAAGGCGGUGGUGCAGUUGCGGUGGCUACUAAGCCCAAGAAAGGCAAGGCUGCGUUGCCUUUGAAGAGGGACAGAACAAGGUCAAAGAGGUUUUUGGAGAUUCAAAAAUUGAGAGAAGUAAAACAGGAGUAUGACAUAAAAACAGCGAUAUCAUUGGUGAAGCAAGCAGCAAGCACAAAGUUUGUCGAGACAGUGGAAGCUCAUUUCCGCCUCAAUAUUGAUCCUAAGUAUAAUGAUCAACAACUGAGGGCAACUGUAAAUCUGCCAAAGGGAACUGGUCAGACUGUUAAAGUUGCUGUUCUUACACAAGGUGAAAAGUUUGACGAGGCAAAAAAUGCGGGAGCUGAUGUUGUUGGUGGAGAGGACUUGAUUGCACAGAUUAAGGGAGGAUUCAUGGAUUUUGAUAAACUGAUUGCAACACCAGACAUGAUGCCUAAGGUUGCAAGCUUAGGAAAACUUCUAGGACCUCGAGGACUGAUGCCAAAUCCUAAAGCCGGUACAGUGACUACGAACAUACCACAGGCAAUCGAGGAAUUCAAGAAAGGAAAAGUUGAAUAUCGAGCGGAUAAAACUGGGAUCGUCCACUUACCUUUCGGAAAGGCAGAUUUCUCAGAGGAGGAUCUGAUUGUAAACUUUCUUGCUGCAGUGAAAUCAGUAGAAUCAAACAAGCCAACAGGGGCAAAAGGUGUGUACUGGAAAAGUGCUCAUGUAUGCUCAUCGAUGGGGCCGUCGAUUCGGUUGAACAUUAGAGAUAUGCUCGAUUACAAGCUCUCUUGAACAUUACAUCUAACUUUGUAAAUUAUCUUCUGUAUCCAUUUCCAGAAUGUGAUAUAGUAUAGAGAAUAGGCAAAUAUGGAUUUGACAGUGAAGAGCCUUCCUAUGCCAAAGAAAAAUGAAGUGGAAAUUGUCUUUGUUUAUGUCA